AUGGCUCCCCACAUCAGGAUCGUGGUGAAGGACAAAGGGCUCUUCGCGACGGGGGCGCCUGUCAAGCCCUUUUCCGCCGUCAAGGUGGCUCAGUCGGUGCAGCCUCCUCGCUCGAAAAGGGGCGAUUUGGCCAUGCUCCGGCUGGGGCUUGACAUCGCUCUCGAAUAUUUCAAUAGCGACGGCAGCGUGCCCAUUUCGUCGCUAACAACUAAGGCCAGACUCUGGGCGGACCGGUACUUCAAAGGGUACCCGUACGCAUCGAAGAGGCCAACUGCCCUUUUGCGAACCUUUCCCAACCUCUUCAACUUGAACAUUGAGCCCCAUCUUCGACUGGUACCAAAGAUCAUGUCCCCACCGUCCUCUCCCGAGCCCGAGGGCGCCAGCCCUCGAGAACUCCGCCGCGCUGAGCGGAAAGCUAUGAACUCUGAGGUCUUCCCUGAGUUCGCCGAACCCACUCUUGCCUCGGAUGCUGAGAUCGACCGAAUCAUCGAUCUCCCGAAUCGCCGCACUGCGCCCACCACCAAGCCGACGAUGCGGGUCGACGCUUCCAUGCUUCGCGGCUCAGGCUUGAUGAGCACGCUACCCGAGUUCCUCGGCCAGCUGGCGCGGGCCAACCUCGAGACCGAGACAGCGCUGGCCACCAACCCAGACGCCGUCCGUUUUGAGCUUGACGAUGACGAGGCUGCCACUCAGCAGCACGUCGAAAUGAACUUGUACUCUGGUUUAGUUGAGGCCCAGAAACGGAGACAUCAAAAGCGCAUCAUCCUCCCUGGUGACCUCGCCGUCAAGCCUCUGGACACCCCCCACCAAGGCAGCAGCGAGUAUGAGGGCAGCAUUGGCGGUGCGCGACACACCAGCCAGGAGGACACCGACGUGGACAGCGGUGACGAGACCGAUGCCUCAACAUCUACAACCGCCAGCCUGCACGCCAACCUCAGGAAGCGCAAGGCGUCAGAGUCGGUAGAGGACGACGACUCCGAGGCCGCCAGCCCGCCCAACAAGAUCCGCCUCCAGUACCGCUACCCCACCCCCAAGAUCCGACACUUCGACAUGAAGCGGCGCAAGCUCGUGAGCCGACCGAACCCGGAUGCCGUUGCAAACGACCCGUUCGAGUCCCGGCCCGACAGGCCCGCAGCCGCCGCCCACAAGGACUCAAUCACUGUGGCUACAGAUGACAGGCCGACUAGCCGCGGCAGCAACAUCAGCGCCUCUUCUUCAUCCAGCGGCGGCCGAGUCCCGAUCACCAGAAUCCGCGUCUCGAGCCGCAACCCCGACGGAUCGCGGUCCAACUCCCCCGAUAGGAUUAUCAUGCUGCGGCACCCCGUGCUGACGUCGGAAGCGGGCUCGCGCGAAAAUAGCCAGGAGCCGAACCCAUCUUCCACUCGCCGGACUAAAAUCAAGAUGGUACAAAGUGAGCGACGGACGGAGAGGAUGACGUUGAUCGAAGAAGUGGAGUGA